AUGCCUAUGGAUAGUGAUAAAGAUGUGUUAGAGAUGUUUAAAGUAAAUGCUAGAAAGAGAUUGAUAGACUUGUAUAUUGACAAGGUUAUCACUAAUGUAAAUCCUAAAUUUAGCUCAAUUGAGACAAUGGACUUUGAUGAUAAGAACUUUGAUGACAGUGACUUUGAUGAUAGUAACCUGGAUGAUAAUGAGACAAAUGUUAAUAACAAUGAUGCCAGUAAUAUAAGAGACAAUGAAACUAAUGUCAAUGACAGUGAUGACAUUAAUCUGAAUGACAAUGACACCAAUGUAAAUGGGAACAAUGGAGGACAGCCUGAGGAUAAGUAUGAUUUGGAAAAUGAUAAUAAUAUAUUUGGGUUUAGUUCUGAAAAUGAGGAAUGGAAAAAUAGUGGGAAUGGGAAGAAUCCAGUUCACAAUGAUGAUGGGAAUAGGAAUGUGGAGGAAAAUGAUAACCACAGUGAGGAUGGUACGUCAGACUAUGAAUCUGGAUAUGAUGCUAGUACUGAAAUUGAUAAUGACUUAUAUAUGGACAAAAAGGAUGUGGAAUAA